AUGGACGGCGUCGGCCAGUUACAGCAGGACGGGAAGGGAAGCUACAGCUACCAUGGUUACUAUGCCGGUCUUACGCUCCUUAAACGUGUUCACGAAUGCUGUCGAGGCCUGAUGCCAAGUAUGUCGCCAGAUACUGUGCCUGAUAUCACGCAGAUUUUCGACCAAUCAGUCCCUUUCUGCAGACAACCCCCGACCGUGCGGUUGACUCUGCCAGAAAAGGCAGUCGCCAAAUGUCUCACCUCAGUUGCCUUGAAUUAUGCCUCUUGUCUUAUGACAUUUGUCGAUGCACCGACCUUUUGA